AGAAAAAGGCGGCGGCAGCACGCCAGCCACCGCAGUAGUGCUUAGUGCAACGCCGGCAUGACGUUCCCCGCCAGCUCGCUCUUCGUAGUAGCGCUGCUCCUUGCAGGAGGCAGCGAGGCGCAGAAAUCGCGUGACCAGGAAGACCCGUGCAAAGUGAAGUCGCGCGUCGUGGGCGACGUAACGUACUGCGACCGCUACUGGGAGUGCGUCAACGGCCAGCCGGAACUCUACGACUGCCCCAACGGGCUGGUGUUCGCGGGCAAGCACCGUGGCGUCACCGAGGGCUGCGACUACCCCUGGCGUUCCAACUACUGUGACGGCAAGCAGCUAGCCAACCCACCCAUCUCCACGGAGCACUGUGAUUGGCUGUACGGCAUCUUCGGGCACGAGACGUCUUGCACGCGCUACUGGACGUGCUGGAACGGCACCUCCACCGAGCAGCUCUGCAUCGGCGGCCUUCUCUACAAUGAGGACACACAUUCCUGCGACUGGCCCGACAACGUAGACGGCUGCCAGAAGCACCCGCUGUGUAACGAGGACGCGAACGGCAACGUGCCGCUGGGCAAGUCAUGCAACCGGUACUGGCAGUGCCAGGGCGGCUACCCGCGGCUGCAGCGCUGCCCGGCCAUGCUGGUGUUCGACCGGCGGUCGCUGCGCUGCGUGGUGCCGCCCACGGAGGACUGCGACGUGCCCACGACGCAGGCGCCGCCGCCCGAGGAGCUGGACGACCGCAACGUGCCGGGCCCGGCACGCGGCCGUGAGCAGCCGCUCGACCUGCCGCCCGGAGCCCUGCCCAUCCCGCUGCGGCCUCGCCCGCGCAACUAGGCCGCACGCCGCUCUUAUUUAUCGUGCUCUAGCUGUAGCUCACCUCUCCUAUCUAAUGGACUCUGUUCUAGUGUAUAAGAGAACGGGCGUGAAUGGCGCGCCGUGUGCUGUUGUCCUAUCCGGGCAAUAGCGUCGUUUACUUCUUCCACACUCUCACAUUUGAGAGGCCGAGUGUGAAAGCAAAACCCGAUUAAAAAAUUUUUUUCUUCAUUAAUCUGCCAACGAUAGGACUCUAGAGCGUAUUCCGUUAACUCUCAGCCACAUGAUUUGCAGCUAUUUUACCUGAGGAUAACUUUAAACGAUUAUGUGGAGAAAAAAAAAAUAAAAAAAAUCGUACUCCUCUCUAGAGUCAGUUAUCAUUCGGGUUUUUACUUAGAAAUGGCAACCUGUGCGAA